GGUCACCGCUGCCUUUCCAGUCCCGAGCAGCCUCGAGCCUCACUCAGUACCGAGACGCACGCGGAGGAGAGUAGUGGCGGGCCGCAGACCAGCUCGUUUACCCACUCGCUUUAUCGUGUAGUGUGAGGCACAGCGUGGGCAGACAGCAUGGGGCGCGGCGUGGAGAUGACGAGCGGCGGCAAGUGUGUCCGCUUCCUCAUGUUCGCCGUCAACUUCCUCAUCUGGGUAUCCAGCAUAGUCAUUCUUGUGUUGGGCAUCUGGACCGUGGUGGACCGGCCCUACCUGGAGAGGCUGCUGGGUAACGAGAUGUACAUGACGGCCGCCUACAUCCUCAUCGCCACCGGCUGCAUCAUCUUCUUCAUCUCCUUCCUCGGAUGUUUCGGUGCUCUCAAGGAAGUCAAAUGCAUGCUGCUGACGUACUUUAUUAUCGUGCUGCUGCUGUUCAUCAUCCUGCUGAUCGGCGGCAUCCUGGGCUACGUGUUCAAAGACAAGGCCAAAACGUCCAUCACCCACACCAUGAUGGGCACUAUGCGAGACUACGGCACCGAGGGCAACGACCAAAUCACCAAGGCCUGGGACGAGACGCAGCAGGCGAUGAAAUGCUGUGCCAUCGAGGAGCAGGAAGAGUGGCUGAAGUACAGCAAAGUGUUCUCCACCACAGGCGACAGAAUUCCUCAAUCUUGUUGCCAGAAAGACUCCUCAGGAAAUCUGCAGAACUGUCAGAGGGCACCAAAUGAAAGCAACUCUUACACGGAAGGUUGCCUCGAGAAGUCUGUGGAGUUCGUUGAGCAGCAUGCAGUCAUCAUUGGAGGAGUGGCCAUCGCAGUGGCCUUGAUCAUGGUCCUUGGUCUUAUCCUGUCCCUUGUCCUCUUCAAGUUGAUCAACUAGAAUCUCUCAACUCUGUGGUGCAACUGCAGCAGUGCACAACGGAAUAUUUUUCCUAUAAUGGUUGGUUUUGGAAGCCAAGUGAGUGCCCUGUAAGGUAAAUCACAAUACACUGCAUUGGCCUACUGACCAACCUGAAUUUAUAUUUAUAACCAAUAUUCUAAUAUGUCUGUCCUGUGUAAGGUAAUCAUCAUUUACCCAGGUUAUGAGUUACAAGUGCCUUUGUGGAGUUCCUCAAUGCCAUGAACUUCACACUUCAGCAAGACAAGACAGAAUCUGUGAGUGAGUUACUGUUGCUCACUUCCUGGCUCGGUAAUUUACAUUUUCUUUAUUUAUUGUAAAGUAUCUAUUCCUCCCACCCCCAGGUUAAUGGAUCAUGCUCAUUUCUAACCCCCUUGAAAAACUAAUACAGAAUUAUAACAUGAAUGGCAUUUCAUAUCGGUAGAACAGGCACUCACUAGACCAGAUCAUGUAACUUUUGAUAUGGUGCCUGUGUUAGGUAUUGGUGUGUCACUUCGGUGAAGGUCCAUAUUUUCUUGAUAUGGUUAACCCUUUUAGUCACUUUUCAUGUGUGUUUGAUUGGUCUUGUGAUUUGUGUGGAGUUUUUAGUGCUUAAGGUUGAAUGUUGCUGUGUGAGUUUUAUAAACUUAUUUUUUUAUUCUUUUAUUUCAAUGGAUUGCAUAUAUGCAUUUCCAUAGCAAGACCAUGACACAUUUGGCAUAUCUACAGUCAUUAUUGUGAUGGUAAAUUUCUGUUUGUGAACGUUAAUGAAGCAUGUCUUUGAAAGCCAAAAUUCUAACAAGGUUAUAGUCUGGCUGUGGCUGUCUACUGUUGCAUUUAUACAUCCAACUUUUGUUUAAAGUUUUGUGAUUGGCUCCUACUUGAAUUUCUAAACACAUUAGAUACCUCCUUUCUUUCAGACUUUCUCUUCAGUAAAAGCAGUUCUUAAACAUCCCAUUCCUUUCAUCCACAAAAGUGAGCUAAUCAUUAAUUAUUUUAAAGACUUUGCAUUCAUUCAUUUCAGUUUGUUGCCAAAUGUGCGCAGUGGUUUUGUUUUUUGAUUCUCAGUGAAUUUUGUGAUCAUAUCAGUAUCUUUAGGGUCCUCUUGACAGCAGGGCACAUCAGACAAGGCUGUGAAGUAGCUUGAAUGUGAUUGCCUUAGCCUGACCUCUGCUGGAUUCCCAUGGCUUGUUGAGAGAAGUUCAUUAUAUAACAUGUGCUUGCUGUGUAAUUAUAUUGCUUAAUGGCACAUAUGCCCUGAAUUGUCUGAAAAGUGAUUGUUGUCAUUUGGAGAUAUUUGGUUAUCAUUUUCAAAGCUGCUUUUGAUUUCCUUUGAUGCAAUUUCAAAUAAGUAGCAUUUUUUAAGCUGCUCUCUAUCAUUCAUCCAUGGCCUGAAGUUGUGGCUAGAGAAACAAAUGAAAGCUAAGAGUUGAGAUUUUUCCAACACAGAAGUAUUGAAUUCAAUAUGAUAUCAAUGAGGCUGAGACGAAUUUGUGUGAAGACAGACAAUAUAUAGCUUUAGGAUCCAAGUGGUACUGCUUCUAUUGAUAUGGUUAGCAAGUGAUUAUGCUCCUCACUAUACUGGCCACAACAUUGUUAUAAUAACAAAUUUCAAUAAGUCUAUUAAGGAAAUUAGUUUAAACUCAAGGUCCUCAAUCCCCAAACAGAUGAUGCACCCUCACAAAUGUCACCUUUCACUGUGGGGUGAAAUGGUUGGGACAUAAAUUAUCUAUAUGGUUGCUCCUAACACUGAACCAACAAAAAAUUAUAAAAUGGCAGUUUUAUAGAAAGUGCCCUUCCCAGGGCCAGAUUUAGAAGUUGCAGGGCCCUCUAAAGUACAAGGGACCCUAUCAGGGCAACAGCUCAUUGUGUUUGUACUAUUUACCAGCUGCCCUGUUUGGCCCCACCCACACUAUCAAACGGUGCCCAAUGGGCAACACACGUAGAGCGUAUUUUCUCGAUUCUCAAGCAGUGUUAUCAGGUGGAGCAGUUCCUGGCAGGCUCCACAGUAUUGGGCAGUGCCCGGCAGACUGUGUACUUAUAGGGCAAAGCCCACCAGGCACUCCUCAAUAGUCUGGAUUGGCAAGCAGAGGCAUUUUGAUGGUUUGCCCAUGGUUUCCCUGCUUAUGACAUCUGCUCCUGCUUGCCACCCACCAUCCAAAUGUGUGUAUUGGAAUGGGAUUAGGUAGUGGUGUUUGCUUGUCAGGCACUGCCCAAAAGUGAGAUACCUAAGGUAUCUCAGAACUUUUAGAGCUACAAUUUGAAACUAGUGUAUGUCCCCUAUGGUGGUAAUACCCAAAUAGGCCUAAUAGUAAUAUAGCAAUCACUCUUAUCUGAACUCAAACUAUACAAAUUUUGAAACUAACUCCAUUUUAGUUCAGAUAUACGAGUGACUACUAUACAUCUAAAUGGUGCAUAUUAGGCUGACGAAUAGGGAAAGAGAAGAAAAAUAGGUGUUGGACUAAGUUAUGCUUGAGCUGGAGUUCUAAAGAAAGUUGUUGUCAUUGUAUGUAAAGAGCAGUGUAGGACCCCAGGCUGCAGCCCCACUCUAUCCUACCCUAAAUUUGGCCAUGGUUCUUUCUUACACAGAACUAGAUAGACUGCUGAAGAGAUAUUCUCAAGAAUCUAUUGCUAUAAUGAUUAUAUUUCACAUCUUUAUACUCUUCCUGAAAAUGUGGAUUUCCUUGAUAGCUUCAGUGUAGUAGCUUACUUACUGGCAUCAAGGCCUAUACAGCUGCCCUAGUACAAGCCACUUUUGUCGGUCUUGCCACCACCACCACUACCUCCUUGAAGCUUGAAACUCAACCCAACACUGGCCUACAAAUGUCCUAAAUCAAACUUCUGGGGUUUGUACAGUAGUUUUAUACUGUACACACAGAUCACUGAAAUUAUUAAAUAUUAGAAUCAACCUCAAUCUACAAACAUUAGUACAUCUAGUAGCUAUAGAGUCUGUGAAUUUUCAAGUUAGAUAAAAAGUUGCCAACAUUUUCCAUUUUGACAAACCUUUGCAAUGCUCUAAAAAUGUCUUGCUAAUGAAGCAGUUUUCUUUUGAGUUUGUUCUCAUUUAAGGAAAUUGUCUGUUGUGAAUCUAUAUAAACACAAAGUCCUGUAUUUACAUUGUAAAUCUAUUACCAUGUCCAAAGACUUAGUUGGGUAAUUACAAAUAUGAAACUGUAGUUAUUUGUAAAAAAUCUAUAUUCUAGAUUUAAGAAAUGACUACUACAGAAUGCCACUCUUCUUGUUUCUUGUGGUGCAAAAAUAAAUGUUAUGUAAAAUA